UCGAAAUACGGGCGUCAUAAUAACGUGUUAAGUUGUCAAGCUUCAACUUCGAGGAAGUGUCCGAGAAUUUCUGACUUUAACAACUUUUUACUUGACGUGCGACUAUGGACAAGUUGCGAAGUGUGUUAAGCGGUCGGGAGGAGAAUGAAGAAGUGGGUCUUACAGCACAGAUUAUGGAUGGCACGACGCUCAGUUACAGCACACGAGUGAAGUGGUUUGUCAUUUGUUUUGCAGCAGGGAUCCUAUCUUCAAUACUUGGCACUGCACUGCUCUUCUUGCCUAAAGCUGGCAUUAAGUUGUUUGCUGUAUUCUACACCCUAGGAAACAUAGCAGCACUUUCAAGCACGUGUUUCCUGAUGGGACCCCUUAAACAGCUGAAGCGUAUGUUUGAACCCACCAGACUCAUAGCCACCAUUGUGAUGCUGCUGUGUCUUGUGUUGACGUUAUGUGCGGCCUUUUGGUGGCAGAAAAAGGGGCUGGCAAUCAUCUUCUGCAUUAUGCAGUUUUUGGCCAUGACAUGGUAUAGCAUCUCCUACAUUCCAUUUGCACGAGAUGCUGUUAUGAAGUGCUUCACCUCCUGCUUGAGCUAAACUAUCCAGUAUUUCAUUGGGUGUCCUGCUUCAAAAGAGUAAAUAUGUAAAAUAUUUCAUAUUUAGCAUUUUUUCAUCUCAGAUUCUGCCCGCCGUUCUUGAUGACCUAAAAACAUUUUUCCUUUUUUGUCUUAAUAUAAUCAUUUUAAAUAAAUGUGUGAAUAGUCAGAGUGCAUAUGUUAAAUGUGAUAUUUCAUUUGGAAUACGCCUUAAAAUUGUUUUACUUCCUGAGGCUUUUGUAUUAUUAUUUUUUGUUUGUGUGUGUGUGGAUGCUAAAUUCUUUAGAGGGUAAGUUUACCCAAAAUCUUUCUUUUAUGAUUUACCCUCAUCUCAAGUGUAUAAUUCUCUUUUUCUGUUGAACUCAAAAGGAUAACAUUUAAAUAUUUUUUUUCGAAACAAUGAAAGUUAUGUGUUUUGAGAAACAUAAAGGAAAAUAAAGUUUAACAUUUUGGGUGAACUUUUCUUUUAGAUAAUGCUUAAUAGAUGACAUUCUUCCAUGUAAACUAAAUGAAAAACAAAUGUGUUAAUAUUAAGUGUGAGGUUUAUGAAAUCAUUUAUUACUUAUGACUUUGUACAGAAAAAAAACAUAUAUACCAAAUAUAUAACAAAAGAAAGAAAACAAACAAUUUCAUAUGAAGAAAUGUUACACGCACCAAAUAAAUGCAGUACUCAUUCUCA